AUGAUGCUUCAUUCGUAGUGUAUGAGGUUUCAACACCGGUUGAUGCAUUUUUGUUUCAAUUUUCAGACGCAUUUCUACCUGUAAUUUGUGGGUUCUUUAGGAAAUAAGCUUUAUACGUUAAAUGAAAUGUUUUAAAAGAAGCGAAAAAAGAAACGUAUGUGAAGAAGUCACUUACAUACUUGGAUUAUAUAUAUAUAUAUGCUACAUGAUACGUAUCGCCUGAGGCAAUAGAAGUGGACAGUGACAUCUGAAUAGGUAGCUAAGCGAGAGUGUGUUUAAAACGGCUCGUUAAACACAGAGUAAACCCACAAUUACAUUUGAGAUUGCACAACGGCCCGUUCGGCGGUGUUCUAAAUUGUGACUGUGAAACAUUUGAAAUUUGCGUAACGUCGAACUUGGAACACGUUAAUUUGGAUACUCAAACAGGUCGUCGUUUUUAAAGCAGGAAAAAACAUGAGCCUCAAGAUUUGGAUAUUUCCUGUCAUUGUCGCUACUUCUGUCGCAACGGUGCUGGCAUCACCAUGCUCCAUGCAGAACCGCACGAGCAAUCUGCUCAACUGCAUUACUGGGAUCAAGACGCGAUUCAUGGACAACGACGCAUUUUGGUUCGGGAGCCAAUACGCUACAAGGUGUCCGCUAAAGGGAGCCAGCUAUGACCCAAAGUGCACCAAUUUACGGCCGGACACUGCUGACAGUUUUGGAACCCGGUUUUUCCAAAGCAGCGCGAUUGAUUCCCUGGACAGGUACCUCUCUGUGCGGUUCGAAUCUAUCGGAAGAAACUACACCGGAUGCGGUACGACGUACACCUGGGACGGAAAGGAGAGGGUUAAUAUAGACGUCGACCCACUUUCAGAUGACGUUGAGACGCCGUGGUUUGUUAGAAACACACCCAACAUAACCUGGAGUAGUAACGCUACAGAUUACUACACGCUGAUUGUUUAUGACGCCGGAUACAUGAUCUGUCAUGGCCUUUACGUUAACGUCAGGGGUAAUGAUCUCAGCAGCGGACAGGUUGUUAAAGAGUACCACGGUCCGAAAAGAAGCUUCAUUCUACAGAACCCCUACAUAUUCCUGCUUUUCAAGCAUUCCCAACCGGUGAAUGUGACGGCAGAACUUAAGAACGUAAUUUUAAACCCCAACUGGAGCCAAAAAUGGCCAAUUUACGACUUCGCGCAAAAUCUCAAUUUGGGAGAUCCUGUCGCUGUGAACUGGGUGGUUGUCACUGGUGACGAAUAUGGAGCCGCCAUGUCAGAGAGUUUUGGAUUAUUCUUUUGCCCGGAUUUCUCAACAAAAGCUUUGCAUCGAGUACCCCGCCCAUUCUUCAGCAACUCGACUCAGCUGUCUGUCUGGUUGGACGUUACCAUGACGACUACCAGUCUCAACUACCCAGUCUGCUGUAACAAAUUCACAUUUGGAGCUGGGGCCCGAAAGUUGGACCCUAUAGGGAACCGGAUCUACCACACUGCGGAUGUGAGGAGCGAGGCCAUAGUCACUUACUCCAUAAAGAAGGCCGGUUUCCUUCCAUCGAACUUUACAGGGGAGAUGCACAGCAUCGUGACCAUGGACCCUGAUGUUCCAUCGCCAACCGUUGGUACCCAGGAACGGCCCCUGUUACACGGCCUCUUCAUCAACAUCAGGGAUGGCAACUUCAGCACUGGGGAGUUGGUUCUCAACUAUUCGGGGCCUGCGCCACCCGACAACAAGCCCCACUACUACUACUUCAUGUUGUACAGACAUGUAGUCCCAUUGAACGCGACGGCAAUGCCAUGGUACUCAUCUGACCCAAGUAACGGAAGGUAUCUGUUUGACAUCAACCGCCUGGUUUCCGAUCACAACAUGACGCUUGUGGGUGCCACUUGGCUGCGCGCGACAACGGACGAUUACGUCACGUACCGCCUCGUUGCUAGGGAACCUGGAAAUGAAGCUUCAUUGUGCGCGAAAUACCCUGGAUAUAGCAAACCGUGCCCCACUUCUGGCAGUACCAAGGCUUUCGUGAUAAACAACGUUCCAAUGCUCGUUGUUGGAUUGUGUAAUAUUAUGUUUAUGGCGUUUUUUGCGUUGCACUGAACACGUGCUAAAGAUGGACACUAAUUACGUCACAAUUCUUGAAUGAAUAAUUUUAUUCAUCAAUACAUACCAUUCAUGUAUUAUACUAUAGUUAUGUGUAUGUUACUAUUAUAUAUGUUUACUUUUCUUAAUAUGAUAUAUGUAAAUGCAAAUAUAAAUGAACUCCAAAAACAGUUUCAGUAGAAAGUAUAUAUCUUUGUAUGUAAGUCUUAAUAAUAAAGCAAUAAAUACAAACAAAAAACAUAUGAGCCUAGAAAACUGUAUUUUAUCAUUAAUAACGCUGUACACAUAAUAUUUUAGUUAAUAAUUGUUAUAUGUUAAGUAUAAUUAUGCAUAUUUUUUCGAAUGCAUUGUAUAUCGUUCAUUUUGUCUUCCUUUACUGGUAUCAAAAGUAUGUAUUUAAACCCCCGUAAUUGUUGCAUUUUUAAAAAAGCUCGUUUUGUCCAUUUAAUUAUGUUCAAGUUGGGAGUAGUGGAUACUUCUAUAAUGUUAUUGCUGGUCACACAGUGACCUCUGUUUAAUACCAGGUGCAGGCCAUCUCUCCCAUGAGUACCUUUGCAUUUCUGCUAAUUGCUUUAAAUCAAUCAAUAUCUGCAAUUUCCAGAAAUUUGCAUAUUGGCGAAAAAUUGCAUAUUGGCGAAAAUUUGCAUAUUGGCGAAUAUUUGCAUAUUGGCGAAAAUUUGCAUAUUAGCGAAAAUUUGCAUACAGCCUUAUUUGAAUAGUAUAUAAAGAGGGUUUUGGAGAUUAAAAGGGAGUUCAGGAGGGAAACGGAUGGAUGCUUUAAAUAUAUAUUGUUGAAAACUUAUGUCUUGAAGUCAAUACUUAAAUGUUUUAAAUAUACUUUUUGUUACUAAUCAUAAUAGUGUAAUUCUAGUGUGCUUUCUUGAAUAAUGUGUGCUUGUGAAAUAUAAUUAGUAGAAGA